AUGCUCCGCCGUCUCUCCGUGUGCGUGCCGUCUGUCAAGGUGGCACGCUUCUACACCCCAUCCGAGGAGCUGAAGAAGCUCUACGCUAGCGACUUUGAGCGCAUGGACUUCCCUGUUAAUAUCAUCCCCAGCGAUUCUGUCACCUUCGCCAAGUUCCUGUACAAGGCCGUGGAGCCGAAGAACAGCUUCGACGCCAUUUUGAAAGACUUCCAGACCAUCGCCGCCUCCAUCCCGAAGCUGCCAGUCUUCUGGGAGCGUACCGUGGUGGUGAGUGAGGUGAAGGAGUUCAAGUCACUCUCUGCUCCGACGAUCUUCACGCUGGAGUGGAUGCAGAGCAACGGCAUGCUAGACUUGCUUCCGGAUGUGGUUGAGGUGUACGAGACCUACGUCAACGCCAAGAUGAAGCGUGUAACAGCCAAAAUCCACGUCGCCCCUGGUAAGGAGCAGGACCGGGCCCUGAUAGAGAAGGCGAAGAAGGUAGCGGAGCAGGUUGUCAAGGACAGCAAGGAGCUUGCCGGCUAUACGCUGGUGCUGAAAGUGAUGGUGGACCGCUCUAUCGUGGAGGGUUUUGCUGUGGAUGUGCAGGGAACGUACGUUAACAACGCUGUUGGCCGUCAGAAGGAGACGCAGGCGUCCGGUGAGGCCGACUACACCACCAUCCCGCCUCCGCGCUUGACCAAGACGACCUGGGAGGACAACAUUGAGACAGAGAUGCUACGCAAGUACCUCGACAGUCUCGCCCUCUACGACGCCGAGGAACUCAAGAACGGCGUUUAA